UUUUACACGCCCAUUCAGCGCCCACCAGCCAGCGCCAGCGGCAGACCGCAACUAGGUCACUCACUGUAACUGUACAUGUCUGCUCAUGUAUUAGAAGAAUAUUAGCAGCUCUUCGCCACCAUUAGGCUGUCGAGUCUUUAGUAUAACUCACACAAACUCUGGUUUUCAUACAGUUAAUAUCUUAAUUGUGCGCAAACUUGGAGAGCAGCUGGGAUACUUGUCACCAUGGCAGGAGGAAGACGCCGGGGCGCACCUGGAUCUGGCGAGGACGUCUCCUUAGUCAGUCCCGUUGUAAAGUACCUACUGUUCCUGUUUAAUUUUAUAUUUUGGAUAAUUUCCCUGGUGAUGGUGGGAAUCGGCGUGUACGCCCGCAUGAUGAAACAUGCAGAGGCGGCCCUGGCGUGUCUGUCAGUGGACCCGGCUGUAAUGCUGUUGGUCGUGGGGAUCCUCAUGUUCAUCAUCACCUUCUGUGGCUGUGUGGGCUCACUGCGAGAAAACAUCUGCCUCCUGCAGACUUUCUGUAUCUGUCUGACAGUGAUCUUCCUGCUCCAGCUGAUUGCUGGCGUCCUGGGCUUCAUCUUCUCUGAUAGGGCUCGGAACAGAGUGACGGAGAUUAUCAAUAAUGCCAUCGUUCACUACAGAGAGGACCUUGAUCUGCAGAACCUCAUUGACUUUGGUCAGAAAGAGUUUGGCUGCUGUGGCGGUGUGACAUACACUGACUGGUCCCAGAAUAUGUACUUCAAAUGCGAAAAGGACAACCCCAGUAGAGAGCGCUGCUCUGUCCCCUUCUCCUGUUGUAUCAUGACGAAAGACAAGGUGGUUAUCAACACCAUGUGUGGCCACGGCAUGCAGGAAUUAGAGUACGUCGAGGCUGCAGACUACAUCCACACCAACGGCUGCAUAGACAAACUGGUGAACUGGAUCCACAGUAACCUGUUCCUACUGGGAGGCAUCGCCCUGGGACUGGCCAUACCACAGCUGGUUGGCAUCCUGUUGUCUCAGAUUUUGAUCAACCAGAUCAAAGACCAGAUCGAGCUCCAGGACUACAGCCGCAAGCACCGCGCCGACCCGUUCAGCUGACCCGAGUCGGAUCAGACCAGAUUCUGAUGAACGGCACCAGAAACAGGGUGACACCAGCAGAUUAGGGGGAGAAUCACACAUGCCUGAAAAAUAUCUGUCAUCUCUGGCUGGACUGAGCUUUCAUCAUCGCUGCUCUUAGACUUAAAGACACAACACUAGUGUGCUUUCAAAUAUUUUGCAUGAAAGUGGAGUUAUGUUCGCACAAAGAACACAGAUGGAAAAACAGAACUCUGCUGCCACCUUGUGGACAAAGACUGUGCUUGAAUUUACCAAACUAUGUACAGUAGUUAGUACGCAAGCAGGGGCAGGGAGGAUGUUUGGUGGUCAGGGUCAUAUUGAUGGGAUCAUUGACCUUUACUUAAAGGUCCAGUGUGUAGGAUUCAAGGGGAUGUAUUGGCAAUAAUGGAAUAUAAUAUAAUAAGUAUAUUUCUAUAGUUUCAUAACCACCUGGAAAUAAGAAUAAUUGGGUUUUUGCUACCUUAGAAUGAGCCAUUUAGGUCUACAUAGGGAGCAGUCCCUUAUCCACAGAGAUUGCCAUGUUGCCCAGAACCGACCAACCAAACACGGGCUCUAGUUGGGCCAUUCGUGUUUUCACAUCAGCUACCAGUUAGCAGCCUCUCUGUGAUGAUCAGCGUUGGAAAAACACUGUUUUUUAACGUAGGACUGCUUUAUUCAGUAUUUUUACCGGUUUAAGUUGCCAGGUCCGCUUGUUUUGGAGAGGAAGAGACCUCUGUGGAUAGACAGAUAGACAAUGCAGCAACAGAAUCUUGAUUCAUAUGUGAUCGGCAGUGCCUAGUUUGACAGUUUGACCACAGACCACAGUUUGAUCAUGAGCAGUGAUUGACAUGAUUGACAGCUGAGUUAGUGUGUGUAAUGGAUUCUUGCAGAUGCCAUUAGAUGCACUACGAGGAGGCAGAGGAACAUGAUUUUUGCUUUACUAAGUGUUUUUACUGGUGUAAGUCGCCACAAUCGUUGUUUUGCAGAGGAAGAGACCUCUGGAUAUUUCAGCUGCCAGUAAAAACCUCUUGACUAUUUGGGGCCAGGUGCACAAAGCACCUUAAGUUUGCCCCUGAAGUAUGACACCUAAGGCUUACAUAAAAUACCUCACCAAUAACUGACUGGUAAGAUCCUGUUGCAUAAAUCCACAGAGCAAUUAUUAAUUGUGAAGGGACUGGAAGAGCGCAGUGUUGGAAAGUUAAGUGAUUCAAUCCCAGACAGUCAUGAUCACAAACUGUCUUGUGGUAAAACUUAAAGCACAAAAUCAUUUGCUCUUCAUUGAGCAUGUCCAUCAGGUUCUCCUAGUUGUGAAACACUCUUCUCGAGACGCCUUAAUUUUUCUUAUAUAUCCAUAAACCCAACCAUGUUGCAGUUAAGAUGGGGUCAGAGGUACUUUAUGUUUUUGUCCUUACCUCGGUAACUAAGAUUCUUUGUGUAGUGGUUUAACAAACGUAAAGCAAUUUCACAAGUACAAGACAAAGAUAAGGAGAAAAACUUAAAUUCUGAAGUAAACAUUUUGAGGAAACUUAAAGCAGAAGACUUGAUGUACUGUGCAGCUGAUUUUACCUCAAGGAAACCUUAACUCGGACUUUAAGGAAAAUCUUAACUUAAGGCAACCUGCCCCUGGAUCUGAAGUUAUCAGAGACCGUCUCUGACAUGCCAGACAGUGUUGCUUUGUAAUGUGAAAUCUGUUUAUUCAGUGAUUUUAAAGGUUUAAAUCACCUGGUCCAUUAAUUUUGGAGGGUUGGAGACCUCUGCGGAUAAUUCAGAAGGAAUCCUAGCUGGGAGAAGGUUCAGCUGGUUGCAAUUUGCAGUCCUCACCACUAGAUGUCUCUAAAUCCCCCUAAAUCCUACACACUGUUCCUUUAAGAACGUUAGCGUUAAGUGUAAUCUGUUGGAAGUCAUGUUUUUGCCAAAGACACUAAAUAGGAAUGUGAGUUAAUGCAUAGAGUUAAUAACGUUUUUUGUUUGUUUGUUUGUUUGUUUGUUUCAACUGCGUCCGUGAUUGUUACUAACUGGAAAGGGAGUUGCUUUGUGUGUGUGAGUGUGUGUGUGUGUGUGUGUGUGUGUGGACUUUUUCAAAGUACAAGAAUGUCAGAUGCAUGCUCAGUAAUGUUGCUUAUGGCUGCGAGCAUAUGAAACAUGAGCAAUACACAUCGUUGGUAUGUAGUUUUGGAUACAUUCACAAGCCUGUGUGUAGCAGCCAAGCAGUGGUUCCCAGCUGGUGGGUUGUGGUCCAAAAGUGGGUCGCAAGUCCAUUCUGAAUGGACCACAAGCAAGUUGCAGACAUGUCAAGUUUGUAAUUUGAAGUACAGUGAAUUUCUGGCACAGAGAUUUUAUUUUAAAGUGCCAUUUCCUGCUGUACAGUGAGACACUAACAGAAAGCUACUUGACAGAGGCAGCAAACUAGCUCAACGGCAUGGCCAAACACAAGUAUGACACUGAAUGUAUUACUGUUUGGACCUUGAACUAAGGACUAAGGAGAAACUGUACUCCGUGGCUGGACCAGUUGGGAAUCACUGUUGUAAAGUAUUUACCUCUGGGGCCCUGAGAUGCCUUGUACCCUUGUUACAAAAGAGAAAUAGCAUAAACAUAUAAUAACCCCUUGUAUGGAAUAUUUUUUUUAGAUUUUUUGUAAUAGAAAAUGACUGUAAUGAUAAUGUUUACACCUGUGGUCUGACUCUUUAUAAUAAAAUGGUUGCUUGGUUGUCCUGCCCAGACCUGACACAGCACAUGAUGUCAUUUCCUGCUCACAUUUUAUCCAGCUGACAGCGUGCAUGGCUGCAGAGCGACUGGAUUUUGUGAGGUGCAUGUCGUGAAAUGUUGCCAUUGUGAGUCAUGUUUGCCAAACCGCACAUUUCUGUACAUAUCCUGAGGCUGAUUUAUAUGUAUAUGACUUGAAUCCUGCACUGAUGUCUUCCUUUUUCAUUUUUCUUUUGUAAUAUCUUUCGACUAAAAUACAACAGGAUCGGGGAAUUCCCAUUUUCCCACUAAAGCAAACUGCUGCCUGAGGUGCUGUAGUGUUGUUUUGUUGAUGUGGUCACUAGAACAGGCCAAGAUUGCAUUUUGUGACCAAUCAGUGAGCAGACAGUGGUUGAGGGUUCUCUGACUGAGGAAAAAAAAAACAUUUACUUGGAGCUAAAACACGAAACAUGAUCCCACUCUCAGUUGUCUGGAUACAGUACCAAUUAAAGUUUGAUUUGCUCUGACAGCAAAAGAAAGUCAAACUGUUUUUGUGAGGAUUUUGGUCAUAAAUGUUAGUGCUUUUCAUGUCUGUGAAAAUCAUCCACAGCUGUAACUCUGUGUAUUAAAUCUCUUUUUAUCACAUGAUAA